ACAGAAUUUUUAACCCGCAUCCAUACACAUAUGGGUCGCUUUACGAUAGCCGCGAAGCAUCACAUGACCAUAGCCGAGAUCUACGAAACCGUGUUGGGCGAUAUGAAUGAAGCGGUACGACACUACGAACAAGCCGCGGACUACUACAAAGGUGAAGAGUCAAACAGUUCCGCGAUGAAGUGUCAACUGAUGGUUGCUCAACUAUCCGCACAAGCUGGUCAAUAUGACAAGGCUGCGCACAUUUUUGAGGAGGCUGGCAAUUAUGCCAUGGAUAACAAAUUGCUCAAGUACGGAGCGAAAGACCACUUCUUCAAGGCCACCAUUUGUCAUUUUUGUGUCGACAUUAUCAACGGUCAGAAAGCGCUCCAAUCAUACAUGGAGGCAUUCCCGAUGUUUGCGGAUUCACGUGAAUGUGCCCUGAUGAAGAAAUUGUCAGAAGCACUGGAACAGGAGAACGUUGAGGCGUUCACGUCAGCCGUGCAGGACUACGAUACUAUCACACGUCUUGAUCCGUGGAUUACUUCAUUGUUGCUAAAAUUGAAGAAAACCAUGGCUGACGAGGAAGACAUCACGUAA